AUGACGAUCUGGGGCCCCAACCCGGGCAGGUUCUACCCGCAAAGGAUGCCGGGAAACCUUCGGGUUGACCAAUGCAAGUGUCUGCUGCCUGAAAGCCCCCCCGCAUUGACAUUGUCAUCGUCACUGGCUUUACUUUCUGUCACUUGGUCACUCUUAUUCACAUGCGCGGUCUUGCCGCUGCUUGUGCAACUGGGCUCAGCUACCGCCGCCCCCAGUAACCGAAUCAUCAAAAACAUCAAGAGACAUAUGGGACCUGGCUUCUCACUCAAUUCCAGUCGAGCUGUGUACCAAACAGGGUUUGACGGUGUGACUUGGGAUGAGGAUAACUGGCUGCUCAGCACGACCCAUCUGGAGCAAGGUCGCUAUGAAUCUCGGGGGUCCGUGGCCAAUGGAUACCUGGGUAUCAAUGUGGCCAGCGCUGGACCUUUCUUUGAGGUCGAUAGCCCUGAGGACACUAAUGGCUGGCCAUUGUUCUCUACCCGUCAGUCAUUUGCUACUGUCAGUGGCUUCUUUGACUCACAGCCCACCACCAAUGGAAGCAACUUCCCCUGGCUAUCGCAGUACGGAGACGAUAGCGUGAUUAGCGGUGUCCCUCACUGGGCGGGACUGGUCUUGGAUCUUGGUGAUGACACUUAUCUGGAUGCAAAAGUCGACCAAAAAACCAUUUCCAAUUUCCGAACAACAUACGACUUCCAGGCAGGUGUCUUGGUCUGGUCGUACAAAUGGACACCCAAGGGCGAUAAGGGGUCAUAUCAGAUCACCUACCGCCUGUUUGCCCACAAGCUGUACGUCAAUCAGGCAAUUGUUGAUUUGGAAAUCGUCCCAACCAAAGAAGCCGAGGCGACAAUCGUGAAUGUUAUCGACGGAGCUUCUGCGGUCCGAACCGACUUCGUCGAGACUGGACACGAUAACGGGGCUAUCUUCUCAGCAGUCCGACCGAACGGAAUUGCUAACGUGACGGCCUAUAUCUACGCAAACCUCACGACCUCGUCAAACGUGGACCUCUCUUCUCGCAAGAUUGUCCACAACAAGCCAUAUAUCCAUGCUAACGAAUCAUCCAUUGCGCAAGCUGUAGAUGUCAAGUUCAAACCCGGGCAAGUCGUCCGCGUCACCAAAUUCGUCGGAGGUGCUUCAACGGAUGCUUUCGAGAAUCCCAAGGCGACCGCUAAGAAUGCUGCUUCCACGGCCAUGAAAAAUGGUUUCGCCAAGUCUCUUCGAUCUCACAUCAUGGAGUGGGCAAGCAUUAUGCCCCAUAGCUCUGUCGACCACUUUGCAUUCCCCAAUGGAACCCUCCCAAAUGACACCAACAUCAUUGACUAUGCUGUCAUCUCUGUGGCGAACACUUAUUAUCUGCUGCAGAAUACAGUGGGCAAGAACGCCAUCAAUGAGACCAACAGCGCCCCAGUCAACGUUGACAGCAUCUCAGUAGGCGGCUUGACCUCCGAUUCAUACGGUGGUCAGGUCUUCUGGGACGCGGAUGUAUGGAUGCAGCCUGGUCUUGUUACUUCUCACCCCGAGGCUUCCCAACGUUUUACCAACUUCCGCGUGGAGAAGUAUGCUCAAGCGAAGGAGAAUAUGAAAACUUCCUUCACAGGCUCGCAGAACCAGACCCGUUUCAGUGACACCGCUGCCAUCUUCCCUUGGACCAGUGGUCGUUUCGGCAACUGCACAGCAACUGGCGCUUGUUGGGAUUAUGAAUAUCAUCUGAACGGUGAUAUUGGUAUCUCUCUGGUCAAUCAAUGGGUUGCUAGUGGAAACACCCGGGUUUUUAAGGAGGAGCACUUCCCAAUCUACGACUCCGCCGCCACUCUCUACGCUGAUCUGCUGGUUCGGAAUGGUUCUUACUGGACAAUGAAGAAUAUGACCGACCCUGACGAAUAUGCAAACCACGUCGAUGCGGGCGGUUUCACAAUGCCAUUGGUUGCAGAAACCCUUCGAAAUGCUAACGCCUUCCGACAAGAGUUCGGGCUCGAAGAGAAUUCGACGUGGGAUGACAUGGCCGACAAUGUAUUGGUUCUUCGCGAAAACGAUGUGACUCUCGAGUACACUACCAUGAAUGGAAGUGCCGUGGUCAAGCAAGCGGACGUCGUGAUGGUGACAUUCCCUCUUGGCUACACCUCCAAUUAUACCACACAGAAUUCCCUAGAUGAUCUGGAUUACUAUGCUGCCAAGCAAUCAGCAGAUGGUCCUGCCAUGACCUGGGCCAUCUUCUCUGUUGUCGCUAACGAAAUGUCUCCUUCUGGCUGCUCGGCAUACACAUAUGGCCAAUACUCCUUUGCACCAUAUACACGUGCACCUUUCUUCCAAAUGUCAGAGCAGAUGGUGGACAACACAACCAUCAAUGGAGGCACCCACCCGGCUUAUCCAUUCCUCACUGGCCACGGUGGUGCCAACCAAGUUGCCAUCUACGGUUAUCUUGGACUGCGACUGCGGCCGGAUAAUAUCCUUCAUGUCGAUCCCAACCUGCCCCCUCAAAUCCCAUACUUGAAGUAUCGCACCUUCUAUUGGCGAGGAUGGCCCAUCUCGGCAUGGUCUAACUAUACCCACACGACCAUCAGCCGUGCCACUGGCACCCCAGCUCUGGAUACAGCCGACCAAAAAUUCGCCAAUAAGACAAUCACGAUCCAUUCCGGUCCCGAGAGCGAUGCUGUCACAUUCAACCUGCCACUGAAGGGAUCGGUCGUUAUUCCGAACCGCCAGAGCGGUACUCAGAACACCGUCGCCGGAAAUCUCGUCCAAUGCCACCCGGUCACCUCUACUGAUGCAUUCGAGCCCGGUCAAUUCCCGAUUUCCGCAGUGGACGGCGCGACUUCCACCAAAUGGCAGCCAGAAUUAGCCUCGGAUUUGAGCUCCGUGACGGUAUCCUUUGAGGAAGAGGCCGGCUCCCUGGUCUCAGGCUUUUAUUUCGACUGGGCUCAAUCGCCUCCUGUCAAUGCUACCGUCAUCUUCCACAACAAAACUCUCCAGGACCCAGCGAAGGCUCUUUCUUCAGAGAGCUCCGAUUACAAGAUCGUCCAUUCUCUGAUUAACAUCACUCAAUCAGACCCGUAUGAUGCCGAGACCACCAAUCUUGAUAUCAUUUCCAUCCCCACUGGCAACACCACCAAUGUCACACUGUCCUCUCCAGUGCCUGCAGCUCGGUAUGCAUCACUACUGAUCGUCGGUAAUCAGGCCCUUGAUUCUGCCGAUGUCGAGGCUAAGAAUGGGACUGGAGCGACUGUUGCUGAGUGGUCUAUCCUUGGCAAAGAGAAGGGCAAUUCCACAUCCACCAAGAGAAAGAUGGGUAUUCGUGCCGCUUCUGGCACAAGCUCUUUUGCCCAACGCCGGCACCUCCUCAACCCUCUACUUUAG